GAGCUGAAAGAUACACUAAAAAACAUGACUGAAGGAAGACAAAGCAUUUCCCUUUUGGGGGUUUUGAAUCUUCUCACGCCGCCUCGCUCUCAGAUUGUUUUUUGGGGUUAGGUUUUUAUUUUAUUUUAUGAGCAAGGCCACGGACACAUUGCUGCUGCUGUUUCACACACUGAGAACAACACGAGAGAUGUAAUGUACACCACUGUCCUUCCACUUUUCUCUAUCGCGUUGUCUACUUUAAGUCACAGCAGUUGAAGGUCUGAAGGACACAACUGCAGGAGUGUUUGCCUGAAAAGGCGGAAGUGCUUGUCAAACAGGAAGUGCAUCACUUUUCAGGAAGGCAGGAGUGACACCCAGCUAGCUUUCACAAGAAACGUGUGCUGCUGUUUGUGUGGCCAGUUUGUUCGAGGCCAAUGCAGAGAUCAAAUACACUAUUCCCGUGGGCAAGUUCUUCACAUAUGAGCUGCUGAGAGAGACUUUCCAGAAUGACUUUGAACCGUUGUCAAAACUUUACGCCGAGCGCUUUUACGAUGACCCCAUGGUUUUUAAGUGCAAUCGGCAGAAUUUUCCAGACCUCCCGGAGUGGCUGCGCUUCACCCAGAGGCACCCCUACGACAAUGGCUUCCUGUACGGCACGCCGACGUCUCCAGGAAAAACUGUAAUUGAGAUCUACGCCGUCAACAGACGGAGCUACGACGCGGCCAGACACAUCCUGGUGAUCAAAGCCACAGCGGAGAAGACGCUGCCCUAUCAAGCAGAGUUCUUCCUCAAGCUGAGGGAGAUUGAGAAGGUGCUGCCCUCUUCUGUUCAGGGUGAGAUAAAGCAGGACGUCCAGAAGCUGUGGGACACCAAGGCCUUGGAGAUCAUCAACAUCACCAACGCCCUCGACCGGGGCGGCAGGGUCCCGCUCCCUCUCGCGGGACACUUCGAAGGCGUGUACGUGAAGGUGGGGUCGGAGAGGUAUUUCUCCGAUUGCCUCAUGAGGGUGACGACGCCAGAGCAUCAGAAGCAGUGCAAGGCGGGGGACAAGGUCAAGGUCAAGGUCCCGGGAGGCUGCAACUUCUGCAACAUUCCCAGCAACUGCAUCACCUGGUGCAAGACGGAGCUGUUCGAUCUGACGAAGCGGCAGCCGGCGCCGCCUGCCCCCGCGAUGGGUUCGGGGAUCCUGGAGGACGGCGGUGACUUCAGCGCCCCCGAGUCUCCCCCGAGCCGAGACUUCUUCCCGGACUACAUCGUCACGGUGAUCGUGCCCCUGAUCCUCGCCAUCGUCCUCUGCCUGCUGCUGGCCUACAUCAUGUUCGGCCGACGGGAGGGAGUUGCGAAAAGGAAUGCAAGAACAAAUCAAAUCCAGCUGUACCACCACCACACGAUUCACGGGAACGCGGACGAGCUGAGGAGCAUGGCUGCAGACCGCGGCGCGCCUCCGCCUCGGUCCACGCUGCCCAUGUUCAACUUCCGGUCUGGAGGCGGAGCUCCGGACAGCCCCAGCAUCCCCCUCAUCCUGGCCCAGCAUGAUCCGUACAGUGACACGCUGCCCAGGAAAUGAGAACGACGACGGAUGAAGAGUCGUUCAGAGAGAUCACGUGUGUUUUCUUCUUCUUCUUCGGGUGCCUGUUAGAAUAAAAUAAAGAGUGUAGUUUGUCAAAUUUGUUAUUUGACGUUUCUGAUUUUCCAUAUUCCCCUCCCCAUCUUUCUCUACUAAUAAAAAAAAUAUUAAAAGCCACAGUCUUCAUGGUUGUUGUUGUCAGCAAAGCCUAAAAAUGUCAACGGUUUCUAAUUGCAGGCACCACAUCUGGCUCAUCUCUUGGUUUUAAAGCAAGGCUAAUCAAUUCCAAAUGACAAAUGAUAUUUUAAAACCAGGAAAGCUUAGCUUUAGCCAAUGAAACAAUUUAAACAAACACAAAUGUAUACAUGAUUUUUUCUUUUUAAAUACCAAUGUUUACAAAUGUUGUGAAAAGCUUGGAACUGUGUCACAUGAGAAAAAUAUGGAUGACCAUACUAUUUAGUAUUAUAUACAAUGAUUUAGU